CCAACAGGACAGGAGGAUGCGACCGUCUGGUCGUCGCGCCUGGAGUACAGAUGUGCCCCGGCGUCGGGGCGCGCAGGUCUGAGGUUGGGUGAAGCUCUUGGAGAGGGCAAGACGGAGGCGACGAGAUGCGAACGGAGGAGCCCUGCGCCCCUGGAGCUCCCGGAGCCCCUGGCAGUCCCCGCGGUACCAGCGGCCAGGGAAGCAGCCCGCGCGCGCCGGGCCCGGAGCUGCGCCUGUCCACCCAGCUGCUGCCGGAGCUCUACGCCUUCGUGGCGCGCGUGCUGUUCUACCUAGCGCCUGUGUACCUAGCCGGCUACCUGGGGCUCAGCAUAACCUGGCUGCUGCUCGGCGCCCUGCUUUGGAUGUGGUGGCGCCGGAACCGCCGCGGGAAGCUAGGGCGCCUGGAGGCUGCCUUCGAAUUCCUAAACAACGAACGCCAGUUCAUCAGCCGGGAGCUGCUGGGCCAGCACCUGCCGGCCUGGAUCCACUUUCCGGACGUGGAGCGGGUCGAGUGGGCCAACAAGGUGUGGGGCUCCAGUCAGGGGCACAGACCUGUCACCAAGGGCCUCUUCCCGGCCUCGCAGAUCAUCACUCAGAUCUGGCCCUACCUCAGCAUGAUCAUGGAGAACAAGUUUCGGGAAAAACUCGAACCCAAGAUCCGGGAGAAGAGUGUCCACCUGAGGACCUUCACCUUCACCAAGCUCUACUUUGGACAGAAGUGCCCCAGGGUGAACGGUGUCAAGGCGCAUAUUAACAAACGCAACCGAAGACAGGUGACCUUGGACCUGCAGAUAUGUUACAUCGGGGACUGUGAGAUCAGUGUGGAGCUGCAGAAGAUACACGCAGGCGUGAACGGGAUCCAGUUGCAGGGCACCCUGCGGAUCAUCCUGGAGCCCCUCCUGGUGGACAAGCCCUUCGUGGGAGCUGUCACCGUGUUCUUCCUUCAAAAGCCGCACCUGCAGAUCAACUGGACAGGCUUGACCAACCUGCUGGAUGCACCAGGAAUCAAUGAAGUGUCAGACAGCCUGCUGGAGGACCUCAUUGCCGCCCACCUGGUGCUGCCCAACCGUGUGACUGUGCCCGUGAAGAAGGGCCUGGAUGUGACCAACCUGCGCUUCCCUUUGCCCUGUGGGGUGAUCAGAGUCCACUUGCUGGAGGCUGAGAAGCUGGCCCCAAAGGACAACUUUCUGGGGCUCGGAGGCAAAUCAGACCCCUACGCCAAGGUGAGCAUCGGCUUGCAGCAUUUCCGGAGCAGGACCAUCUAUAGGAACCUGAACCCCACCUGGAAUGAGGUAUUCGAGUUCAUGGUGUAUGAAGUCCCUGGGCAGGACCUGGAGGUGGACCUGUAUGACGAGGACACGGACAGGGAUGACUUCCUGGGCAGCCUGCAGAUCUGCCUCGGGGAUGUCAUGACGAACAGAGUGGUGGAUGAGUGGUUUGUCUUGAAUGAUACAAACAGCGGGCGGCUGCACCUGCGGCUGGAGUGGCUGUCACUGCUGACCGACCAGGACGCUCUGACUGAGGACCAUGGCGGCCUCUCCACUGCCAUCCUUGUGGUCUUCCUGGAGAAUGCCUGCAACCUGCCGAGAAACCCUUUCGACUACCUGAAUGGUGAAUAUAGAGCCAAAAAACUCUCCAGGUUUGCCAGGAACAAGGUCAGCAGAGACCCUUCUUCCUACGUCAAGCUAUCUGUAGGCAAGAAGACGCACACGAGUAAGACUUGUCCCCACAGCAAGGACCCCGUGUGGAGCCAGGCGUUCUCCUUCUUCGUGCACAGCGUGGCAGCCGAGCACCUCCACCUGAAGGUGCUGGACGACGACCAGGAGUGUGCCCUGGGAGUGCUGGAGUUCCCGCUGUGCCAGAUCCUCCCCUGCGCCGACCUCACCCUGGAGCAGCGCUUUCAGCUGGACCACUCGGGCCUGGACAGCCUCAUCUCCAUGAGGCUGGUGCUUCGGUUCUUGCGUGUGGAAGAACGGGAGCUGGGGAGCCCCUACACCGGACCUGAAGCCCUAAAGAAAGGCCCUCUGUUCAUCAAGAAGGUGGCCACCAACCAUGGUCCCAAUGCCCCACCCCAAGGAGAAGGCCCUACAGAUCUACCACAUCCCCCAGACCCUUCUUCGAACACCAAAGAGGCACCCAAGAAUGCCACAACCACCAGUGCUGUCCCUGAGCCCCAAGAGACAGGCCCAGGGCCCAAAGGCAAGGACAGUGCCAAAGAGCUCUGUGAGCCCCCGGGGAAGAAGAAGAGCUCAGCCACCGUCUUCCUGACUGUCCCAGGCCCCCACUCUCCUGGGCCCAUCAAGUCACCCAGGCCCAUGAAAUGCCCCACCUCCCCAUUCGCAUGGCCACCCACGGGGCUAGCUCCCAGCAUGUCCUCGCUCAACUCCCUGGCCUCUUCCUGCUUUGACCUGACAGAUAACAGCCUCCACAUUGAAGGCGGGGACUGCAGGCAGCGGCGGCUUGGUGAGAUUCAGCUUACAGUGCGCUACGUGUGUCUGCGGCGCUGCCUCAGGGUGCUUGUCAACAGGUGCAGAAACCUGACACCAUGUACCAGCAGUGGGGCGGAUCCCUAUGUCCGCAUUUACCUGCUGCCAGAAAGGAGGUGGGCAAGUCGGAAGAAGACCUCAGUGAAGCGCAAGACCCUGGAACCACUGUUUGAUGAGACAUUUGAAUUUUUUAUUCCCAUGGAAGAAGUAGAGAAGAGAUCACUAGAUGUUGCAGUAAAAAACAGUAGGCCACUUGGCUCACACAGAAGAAAAGAGUUAGGAAAAGUGCUGAUUGACUUAUCAAAAGAAGAUCUGAUUAAGGGCUUCUCACAAUGGUAUGAGCUGACCCCAGAUGGACAGCCCAGAAGCUGAGGAUGAGUAUCAAUAUCACCGAAGUGUCAGAAUGAGUGUAUAUAUGUAUAUUUUGCCAUUUAAAUCAGAACAGCCAUUUGAUGAAAGUAAAUAUUGUUUUAAAUUUAAUUGCACAGCUGGACAGUACAAGGAAGAAACAAGAGUUGUAAAGAACUACUUCAUCUUGAUUGGAUUUGUUCAGAAAGAAAUGGCAUAUUUCUGUAUAAUCUGCAUCAAAACCUCAGUUUUUCUUUUAAUGCCUCCGUAGUGAUUUUUCACUUUUGGUAGGUAAUUAUGCACAUUAGAUUUAGAUCAAGACAGACAGUGUCCUGUCCCUGAUAUACGGACUGGAAGAGGUCCUAGAGUAGCUACCAGUAUUCCUGGGCAGUUACUGACCAAGGGAGGUCACUCCUCUGGAAAUACAAAGUGACCCCAAACUGCCAAGAGCUAGCACUGCCAAAGCCUUCUGUUUGUGGUGCUUGUGUGCCUGGAACUUCGAUCCCAUGUUACAGCGAUAUACUUAAAUAGCCUAAGUACUCUGGUGGGGGAAAGCCUAGGGCCAAGUUCCAAAUUCAGAUCUGAGUCUUAACUUUCUUAGCAGAGGCUGCUUAAGAGUGUCACUGCCAAAGGAAAGGGCGCUUUCUGUGUCUCAGACAAAUUUGGGAAUUUUGUUGCACUACUCCAAAAGAUGGCUGGUUUACUUAAAUAACAUGUUAAAAGCAAAAUAUGUAAAUUGUAUAUUUAAACAAGUGCCUCUUAUGCAUUUCAAACUCUAUGACCACAUAGACUUGUCCCCUCUGAAAUUCUUAAGAGUUGUUGUCAAGGUCACAUCCUCUUCUCUCUUACCCACUCAGGCAAUGCUCUCUGCCACACUCUGUUCCCAUCACUGCUUGCUUUUCUAAAAAAUGGUAAUGUUCUAAACAGUUUAUCAUGUUACUUAUAAAUUAUCUUAUGAUCUCCUAUUUUCUAUAAAAAUCAAAGCCUACCCUUAAUUUGCCUUUUAAACCUAAUCUGGUUUCAGCUACAUCACUCAUGAGCAGACGGUCCGUUACAGAGUCAUCCAAAUACUAUGCCCUUUUCAAACCUCUCUCUUCCACUAAGCUAGUCCAUGCUGAAAGGGCCUCUUCCCACCACCUAUAUAGUAUUUUUCAUUAUAACAAUUCUCAGAACAUUAUAACAUUACAUUUUAAAAAAUGUUUAUGAAGUAUGUUCUAAAGUUACAUGUUAAGUAAUAAUGAAACAAUGUUUCAGUUUACACACCCAUUGAACUUUAAGCUACUUGGUUUUUUAAGACUAAGUAAAUGUAAGAUGUAUAAUAAAAUUUGAUUGAGAUUUCUA